AUGAGUACCUUUAGCAUAUGCUCUCAAUGCCUUCGAGCAUUAAGGCAAAGUGUCAAAGCAGAGACAAACACGUCACGCAUUCGGAACCCGUCCGUCUCAAGUCGACGAUAUCUGUCGGCCGCCUCUACAAAAUGGCAACAAGAUGCUCCUCGAAACCAAAGACAGGUUCCAGGGAAUCCAUCGCUUCCACCCACCACAGCUCCCACCGUCACGUCAAAUGUGACAACCUCGUUUCCUAGCAUUGACCCCCAAUCCAAAUCUACAUCGGAACCACCACCAGAACGAAAAGACAAAUCUUCUGCACAACCCAUCUCCCCCGGCGGCGGUGUGAGCGUGUCACAGAUGCAGCGCCAAAUCCAAUCGCACCUCAGCAAUCCACCGAACAAGUCCAGCAUCCCUAUCCGUCUCGCCGAAUCACUCAAGAGAAACGUCCCAUCCGCGACAAGAACCUAUACUAUCUACGGCCAAACCGAAGCAUUAUUCAAAUCCUGCGCCGCACCAGCCGACUACACCAUCCCACAGGAUCAACGGAUGAAUAUCCUCACGGGAAAGGGUCCUCCGAAAGCUACGGCACAAGAGGGAGCCGAAUUGGGACAACCUCUGUCCGAAAACAAGGAUUCGUGGUGGUUCAACACCCUUGAUAUGCCGCCUACCUUCUCGACAUGGUCACAAGUUACCUUUCUACACAUGUACGUAAUUGUAACACAUCUGCGCGCGGCGCUGGAUUCAGAGGCCGACUUUCAGGAUUAUCAUCGGUAUCUGAUCGAGCAUUUUUCGAGAGCGGCGGAGGACAAGAUGGUGGUGUUGCACAAUCUCUCCGCCCAGGGAAUCCGGAGCCGAUACCUCAAGGACCUGUUUUUGCAGUGGCGGGGAAUCCUGGUGUCGUACGACGAAGGGCUUGUUAGGGGAGACGCGGUCCUUGCGAGCGCGAUAUGGAGGAAUCUAUUUCGCGGGGAUGAACAAGUGGACUGGGAGAAGGUGGCGCUGGUCGUUGCAUUUCUGCGAAGGGCAGUGAGAAGAGGCGGCUUGUUGACUAUGGAGGAAUUGCUCGGGAGCUUGAGUGCUCAGACCGGGAUGUGGGCAUUCGAUCAACAUCAAAUUGAGCGUGUCCAGCAGCUUGUGGCAAAGCCGAGUAAAGGUGUAAAGGAGCCCCUUGAAGAUUGA